AUGCCGGUUCACGUCGAGCCAAUUACCCAGGCGGACGUCCCACGCAUGGUAGACAUUCAGCAGGUAGCGAUGCAAGCUAGUGCCUUCUUCCGCAGCAUAGGGGAUGUGCCAAAUACCGAUGGGUUUACAACUGGAAUAACAGAGCCACCCUGCCGGAUAAACAAAAUCACACGGAUCCUAAACGACUGGAAUAAAGACCCCACAGUCCGCUUUCUCAAGGCCGUCGAUACUGAUUCUGAUGAAAUGAUCGCUUUUGCCCAGUGGCAUGUAUACCACGGCGAUGAAGGACUGGAGGAGUGGCGUGAAUCUGUUAGAACAGACAAGGAAAUGAGGAUCCCAUUUGGAGCAAAUAAAGAAGGGUACCAGUUUUGCCAGAGCCAUUUAUUUGAGAGGCGAAAGAUGGUGUUCGGGCAGGAUGGAAGAGAACAUUGCUUAUUAGCACUGCUUGCCACGGACCCUCAGUUUGAACGCCGUGGGGCGGCCUCUGCCCUGACACAAUGGGGCUGUGAUGUCGCAGAUCAACUUGGAAUCGAAUGUUACGUCGAGUCCUCGAAGAAGGGGUAUCCGUAG